UUCGAACGAACUGCGUCGGCAGCGUGCGGCAGUUCGUGUUGCGGAAUUGAUUCGAACUCACCAAACUGCCAGCGCUCACGUGUGUUUGUCACAAGCGUGUGUCCAAAGCUUCACAAGAGUGCACCUGCACACCCUGCCGUGGGCAUUGUUUAGGAGUUUCCUAUAGGUUCGUGACACCGUCAUUGCCAUCCAUAAGAAUUUGACAGUUAGUGUUUGUGUCAGACAGGGAGUUCAAAGACCACGGCGAGCAAUGGUGCUUCCCAUCCCAGCGAUGCGCCGUUUUCCAUUGACGCUACUGAAAACAGCACAGCGCCGAGGACUCUGCCUGUGUCGACCGCUUAGCAGCUCAUCGAACACGGAGACGAAAGUGCGCUCGAGCUACUGGAACCAGAUAUGCUCGAAGCCGCUAUCUCCGCAUACACUUGGCACUUACGUCGACACCGCUGCCGAAAGAUUUGGCGACCGUGUUGGCUGGUCAUUUCUGCAGGAAGGCAAGCACUGUACCUUCAUCGACUUCAAACAGCAGGUUGACCGAGUUGCACAGGGCCUGCUGUCUCUCGGCUUCAGCAAGGGGGAUGCCCUGUUGAUAUGGGCUCCCAGCACCUUCGACUGGAUUCUGAUGGCCGCUGCGACGGCCAAAAUCGGAGUAAUUUCCGCUAGCUGCCAUUUUGCAUUGACGGCAGCCGAAUUUGAAAGGUGCCUCCUCACGGUGGGCUUCAAGGGCGUCUUCAUCGCAGAACCAUUCAAGGUGUUCAACUACUACGACAUGCUCUCCGCGCUAAUACCCGAACUCAGGCACUGCAAGCCUGGACAGCUGAGCUGUUCAAAAUAUCCAUUCUUAAAAGCAGUCAUUGCAGGCGGUGACCAAAAAGCGCAAGGUUGCAUUUGUUUGCGUGAGCUCACGCAGAGCGAAGGGAAAGAACUUCGCGAAGCUCAGGAAAAAGUCAGCAUGGACGACCCUUUCACCAUACUGUUCACCUCGGGAACCACCGGGACUCCAAAAGCUGCCGUGAUUAGUCAUCACAAUUUCGUCAACAACGUCCUUGCGUUCCACUACAAAUCAAACAUGACUGAGGACAUGGUGGCGUGCGUUCCUCUCCCAUUCUUCCAUGCAUACGGACUGAGCUUGGUUCUCGGUCGGACGUUGAUACCUGGUGUCAAGGUAGUAAUACCCACGCCCAGCUAUGACCUAACUGCUAUGCUCAAGGCCAUUCAAGAACACAGGUGCACAGACAUCAGUGGAUCCCCCACAAUGUACGUGGACAUGAUCAGAAGUCCGCUGUUCAAGAACUACGACCUUUCUUCGCUAAAAAGGGUCGAAUGCGGUGGCAGCCUUGUGACACCUUCAUUGCGAAAACUGAUACGAGAGAAACUGAAUAUUCCAGUCCGGGUGAGCUACGGCGCCACGGAGCUAACCACGGCGACUACAGUGGUAGGCGAGGACGACCCUGAAGACAAGCAGCUGAACACUGUAGGUCAGCCCUUGCCCUACCUUGAGGUCAAGAUAGCAGACCCUAUGACGGGUCGCGAGCAGCCUGUAGGAACGCCAGGCGAAGUUUGGUCCCGGGGCCAUCACGUCUUCCUGGGCUACUACAACGAUGAGCAGAAGACACGGGAAUGCAUCACGGACGCUGGAUGGUACAAAACUGGUGACGUGGGCGUAAUGGACGAAGAUGGCUACAUCGACAUUGUGAGCCGCAUCAAGGACAUGGUCAUCAGGGGCGGAGAAAACAUCUACCCAGCCGAAGUGGAAGAAGUGCUCAACACCCAUCCUGCCGUCCACGAGAGUCUGGUGAUCGGUGUACCAGACGAACGAAUGGGGGAAGAGCUGUGUGCAUGGAUAGUACUCAAGGAGAAAGGCAAAGUCACUGAUGAAGAACUGAGAGAGCACUGCGAAGAAAAGCUCACUCGUUUCAAGAUCCCACGCUACUUCGUCUACAGCCCGAACGUGCCAAGGACGGCCAUUGGGAAGCCGCAAAAGGCCAAGAUGCGCCCGCUGGCUGCAGAAAUGCUAGGACUCGUCAAAUGAACUUACUCAUGACGUCAAUACUUAAGCCAGAGGAUAUUACGUCGUCAUGCGAUAGACGUACCACUGGACGCCACUGAACGACGACUCCAGUCUCGCAUGACCAUAAAAGGUUUCCUUAGGCCGUUGUUGCAACUCGCGCUGAUGAACGCCCUGCGUCAUCGAAUUCCUCCUUCCUCAACGGUGUCUUAUGGCUGCGUAUGUGUGUUAGACGGCGGACCUGCAACUCGGAGGCAGAACAGGCAUAACAGAAAAUGAAAUGGGCUGCGAUAAAUGGCGUGAACGUGUGUUACGGAAUAUAAAGUACUGGGAAACCUGAUGUGCCAAAGGAACAAGGAUAAACUUGAUUUGUCCAGCAAGCGCUAUGUAUACUCAAUGCUGCUUAAAUAAAGAAGCACUGUAAAUACUGCAUUAUAUUGAGUGAUUGCUUGCCCGAAAUA